ACCAAUAACAACUCUCUAAUCUCAUUCUAUCCAUGCGUUUGCGUUUGUGGUAAUAAAUUAAUACCACAUCUCACCAUCACCAUCACCAUCACCAUCACCAUCACCAUCACCAUUUCUUUAUUGUAUUGCUAAUGCUAGGCUCAACCCUCCUCCUCCUGGAACUCUCUCUUCAUACCAACACAAUAGAACCUUCCCUUCUCCGCUAGCUCUCACAUCCUCUCCCCUCUCUCUCCUUCUUUGUUCUUAUCUGAAAUGGCCAGUCCAAGCAUUCUCAACCACCAAAACCCACGCCUCCUCUCUCCUUGCAGCAGCGGCAGGAGGAGGUCCAGCACCUAUUCCAGCUCCCCAGAAUUCGAGUUCUGGAUGGUCCGAAACCCGUCUUUCCCUCAGCCCAAUCUCCUCUCCGCUGAUGAACUAUUCGUUGACGGUGUCCUCCUUCCUCUCCACCUUCUCGACAGCCGCCAUGAAACACCGGACGCGGAACCAGAAUCAGAGCAAAAUCCCGAGGUAACCCAUCAAGAAAAACGUCGUCUUGACCCACCCGACCUGCAAACGGUUAAUCCGGAUCCUAAACAGGAACCGGGGAGGACCGUGUUGAGCGUGUCGAAGCGAUGGAAGGACAUUUUCAAGAAAGGAGAGAAGAACAGUAAGGCAAUCAAGGAGGAAGAAGAGAAGGAUAAAGAGAAACUGAAGAAGAAGAAGAGUCAUAACAGUAGACCGGGACGGGCGGAUUUAAACAUCAACAUUUGGCCUUUUUCACGAAGUACAUCCGCUGGAAAUGUGACCCGACCCAGAUGGGUAUCCGGUGCAUUGACGACCCGGAAAGUGAGUAGCGCGCCGUGCUCACGGAGCAACUCAGCAGGCGAGUCGAAGUCCAGAAAAUGGCCUGCUAGUCCUAGUCGGGCCGGGGUCCAUCUGGGCCGGAGCAGCCCCGUUUGGCAUGUCCGCCGUAGUUCAGUGAAAAGCUCCGACCCCGUAGUUCGAAUCGGUGAAAAAUCGGUCGAAACUCGGCGUGGCAAGGGAACCACCACCAAUGGCAGAACUAAAGUUUUGAACUUGAAUGUGCCCAUGUGCAUUGGAUAUAAUAGAACCCAUUCGAGUUGUGGGAGCGACGGCAACCGCUCUAUAGGCGUCGGAAGAAGCGGAGUAGGCAAGACUGAUCGUGAUUGUGGUGGUGGUGGCGACACCAACAAUCUUGGAAGCAGUGCCAACCUCUUCAAUUUGCGUAGCUUUUUCACUAAAAAGGUUUAUUAAGCUUAUUAAUUAAAUGUUAAUAAUCAAUUAAUUCUUACCCUUUCUUUUCUUUUUCUUUUUUUUUUGACUUUGAAGGCUUGUUUGGUAGUGUUUGAUGUUAUAUAUUGUUGAUUAUUUGUACAAACAAAGCGACCUUGAGAGUAUUAUAUUAUAUGAGUCAUAAAGGUAGAUGAAAGCUUGUUAACUUUUA